CCCCGCCCCGCCGCGCUGAGCCCCGGCCGCACGGGCAGAACCGCGGGUGCGCGCCGGGAUCUGCGCGGGUGCGCGCCGGGAUCUCCGCGGGUGCGCUCCAGGAUCUGCGCGGGUGCGCGCCGGGAUCUGCGCGGGUGCACUCCGGGAUCUGCGCGGGUGCUCUCCGGGAUCUCCGCGGGUGCUCUCCGGGAUCUGCUCUGGUGCGCUCCGGGAUCUGCGCGGGUGCGCUCCGGGAUCUGCUCGGGUGCGCUCCGGGACCUCAGAGCCGGGGGUGCGCUCCAGCUCCUGCGCUCCGCGGGUGCGCUCGGGCCUCCCGGCUCCGCUCCAGCUGCCCGGCCCCGCUCCUGCCCUUCGACUGCGCUGCUGCCCCUCGGCCCCGCGGGUGCUCUCCGGCCCCUCCGCGGUCGCACAGGGGGUCCCCGCCGGUGCCGUCCCCUGCCCCGAGGGUCGCGGCGUCUCCCGGCGCUGCCCGUCGGGGGGCGGGUGCGGGAUGUCCCCGCGGGCCCUGGCGCUGGUGCUGGCGCUGGCGGAGUUGGUUCUGGCCCUGGGGGCGGCCGAGGAGGGGGAAGCCGCCGUCGGGGUCGCUCCUCCGGGACCCGCUGCUUUCCAUCGCGCAGCCAAGGCGUCGUGGCGGCUGCCCGGGCGCUACGUGGUGAUGCUGCGGGCGGGGAGCGAGGCAGAGCUGCGGGGCACGGCCCGGCGGCUGCAGGCCCGGGCGGCUCGGCGGGGACACCGGGCCGAGCUGCUGCACGUUUUCCACCUCCUGCCAGCCUUCCUGGUGAGGAUGAGCAGCGACGUCCUGGACACGGCGCUGAAGCUGCCGCAAGUGAAGUACAUUGAGGAGGAUGCCUACGUCUUCGGCCAGAGCAUUCCCUGGAACCUGGGCAGGAUAGUGCCGCCGCAGCCCAGCUCAGGAGCCUACAGCCCUCCCAAUAAAGGCGACCUGGUCGAGAUUUACCUGCUGGACACCAGCGUGCAGAGUACCCACAGGGAGAUCGAGGGCAGAGUGACUGUGACUGGCUUUGAGAGCAUCCCCGAUGAGGAUGGCACCCACAUCCACAGGCAGGCCAGCAAGUGUGACAGCCAUGGGACACACGUGGCCGGGGUGCUGAGCGGGCGCGACGCCGGCGUGGCCACGGCAGCCAACAUCCGCAGCCUCCGGGUGCUGAACUGCCAGGGGAAGGGCACCGUCAGCGGGACCCUCAUGGCCCUGGAGUUCGUCAGGAGGGCUCUGGAGGCUGAGCCGUACGCGCCGCUGGUGCUGCUACCGCUGGCCGGCAGCCACAGCCCCGCACUGAACGCGGGCUGCCGGCGGCUCGCUCGGGCCGGAGCGCUGAUGGUGGCGGCCGCCGGCAACUACAAGGACGAUGCCUGCCUCUACUCGCCUGCAUCCGAGCCGGAGGUCAUCACGGUCGGUGCCACCGACAGCGAGGACCAGCCCGCCUCCAUCGGCACCCUGGGCACCAACUUUGGCCGCUGCGUGGACCUGUUCGCCCCGGGGGACGACAUCAUCGGCGCCUCCAGCGACUGCAGCACGUGUUUCACAGCGCGGAGCGGAACCUCGCAGGCGGCCGCACACGUGGCAGGCAUCGCUGCCGUGCUGCUGAGCGCCGAGCCCCGGCUGAGCCUGGCCGAGCUCCGGCAGCGCCUCCUGCGCUUCUCCGCCAAGGGCGCGAUGGGCACGGAGCGGGUCCCGGAGGAGCAGCGCCUCCAGACACCCAACAGCGUGGCUGCCCUGCCCACCCGGCUGGGGACAGAGGAGCAGCUGCUCUGCCGCUCGGUGUGGUCGGCCCGCUCGGGGCCCGCCCGGCACGCCCCGGCCGUGGCUCGCUGCUCCAGCGCCGAGGAGAUGCUCAGCUGCUCCAGCUUCUCCCGCAGCGGCAGCCGGCUCGGGGAGCACAUGGAGGACAAGGACGGGCAGAAGCAGUGCGUGGCCCACGGCGCUUCCCGAGGCCGGGGGGUUUAUGCCAUCGCCAGGUGCUGUACGUGGCCCAGGGCUGAAUGCCAGAUCAACGCCAGCUCUCGGGAGGCCGAGUGCUCCCCAGGACACCACGUGCUGACAGGCUGCAGUUUCCACUCGCCAUCCGUGGGGCAGGGGGCUGCUGGCAGGCCCGUGGUGGGGCUGGGGAGGGGGCCCAGCCGCUGUGCCAGCAGGACAGAGGCGGUGGCACACGCCUUGUGCUGCCCCACUGCCAGCCUCGAGUGCCGGCUGAAGGAGCGCAUGGCCCCGGAAAACGAGGACAAGGUGACGGUGUCCUGUGACGAUGGCUGGACGCUGACGGGCUGUAACGCCAUUCCCCACAGCUCCAUGGGAGCCUAUGCCGUGGACAAUUCCUGCCUGGCACCCGCUGUCCCUGGCAGCAGCUCAGCCUUGGCCGUUGCCAUUUGCUGCCGGAGCCGGCAGUAGGGACAGGCUGAGCUGGAGGUUCCUGUGGCACAGUGGGGAUGGAGGCUUGGCUGGAAUGCUGUGACCCUGUCCCUUUCCAGGGCUUCCAGAACAAUCCAUGCUCUGACAUGCAGCUGAGGACCUCCACACUUGGGCUGCCGUGCUGGUGGGGGAUGAACGUCCCUCUGUCUCACACACAGUGGGGUCAGGAUCCAGGACCAGCAUCCAGAGCGGCCCUGCAAGAGCUCUCCAAGCAUCCCCCAUGCAGCUGGAGCCCUGUCCCAGCACCAGAGCCAUCUCAGAACCCUCUCCCUGCCCUGCACCGAGUUUUCCUAUAAACACCCUGACAGAACAAGCCAUGGUGUUGUCACCCAACACAAAAUCCACCACCUUUUUAAAGAAAAAAGGAUUGUGAGGCUCACUCCUUCCUUUCCUGGUUAGCUGCUCAUUAGCUGUCAGCUAAUGCUGCUUAGCACCUAGAAAAUCUUAGUUUAGCCAUUUUUGGGCAGUUUUAUAAUUGCCUAAUGGUAUUCCUAGGAGACUUCUUUACUUCUGAGUCAAGUGCAAGGGCUGGAGUUUAAACAGCCUGCUUGGUUAAUUAGAUUUUUUAUCUGCAUUGCUAUAGUCAGCUACUGCUUCAUUAGUGCUUUUUUUGUUAAGUCAAAGUUAAUGAUCUGCUGGUGUUAUGUGUCAACAGUUUCAGGUCUUCCCAAGACACAUAGAACUGUAGGAGGCUGCAAUUCCUUAAAAAAAAAAAAAUAGGAUGAAGGAAAAGCUUUCACAGCACCUUAGAUUUUACAUUUGUACCUUAAAUAUUUAUUUGGAGUUUUAUAAAUGAACAUUUUAUAAAUGUCUUUUUAAAAUAAAACUUGCAGACCUGUGC